UAAGAACCUAAAAAUCUAAAAGUCCAGGAGAGCCUAAGAACCUAAAAAUCCAAAAGUCCAGAGAUCUAGAACCCUGGGAGCCCAGAAGUCCAAAAGCCAAAGAUCCCAGAGCCUCGAAACGCUCAAAACUGACGAAUGCAAACACGUCGCGUGUCAUCGCGACACCAGCCAAGCGACACCCCCCGCCGUUCGUCUAUUUAAGACCGAGGGAUACGCCAGGAAUGUAUCGUCAGCCCCUGGAUACCGAUCAACGGCGAGAAACGGUGGUCUCCGUGUUUUCCGUCGAUUUUCGUCGCAUCCGGUGCAACGUGCGCCCCGUUAACUCCACGUGGUGCGUGAUUACCGAACUGUGAACGAUUCGCCUAACGGACAGAUUUAUUUUUGGAUUUACAUUCGAACGACUGGAAGGAUUUCUUCCAGAAACCGUGCGACUGGUUUCCAGACCGAGGUAUCGCGAACCAGUCGAAGACUGUCGGCGAUCGAGGAACUCUACGCUCUCGCCUAUGCUUCUGCUAUUACGUAACCGCGUGCUUAUUCGAAUUCGUAGUACAUCUGCAUCGUAUUUUCAUUUGAAUCGUCCACCGUUCGCCCGUGACCCGAAUCAUUAAUCUUCGAGGGAAUCGAUCGGAAUGGAACUCGCUUCGGUGGAAAUUGACGGAAGACGCUUUUAGGGGCUGGACGCGGAAUCGACGUCGUGACUCAUGCCCAGGCGAGAAUAGCGCAGGUGUGCAUCCGGGAAGUCGAAGAUUUGCGGUUUAAAAACGGAGAGCGGCGUGCGAGGCGCAGUUUCUCCGGUCGUUGAACGAAAUCGAGAUAUGAGCUGACGAGGAAAUUCAGGCGUCGUAACUUCGCAGCCGCCGGAAGUGGAAAAAGGAAGAAUCGCCAGGAUGCCGGGCGAGGUGCGCGCGCAGCCCUUAGGCUCGACGACAUACGACGGUAGCACGAUGCAACCGGACGAGGAGAUUCAGUACGCGCCAAGGAGCCGUCCUGUCAGCUUUUACGACAAUUUUAAGGACGCGUCCAUGGUGACACCUUGCGUGACUUCCGCCUUCAGCGCCGACAAUUUGAGUCAGGUUCGCGACAACGGUAUCGGCACGUCGAUGGCCGCGGCCAACAACAACAACAACAACAAUAGAGUGAGCAACGCAGUCAGCGCUGGAAACGUGUCGAAGAUCCACAACACCAAAGUCACGGGUGCCGUGUCGACGGGGAACAUCGGCAGAAUCUACAGACCAGAGAAGGACAAGGAACUCGGUCGUGCCCCAUCGAUGGCCAAUUGUCUGUCCACCACGGUUCCCGUUAAUCUGGCAGCCUCGCAAAUCGCUGGCAGGCAUACACCCACCAGGAAUUCCCUCAGGCACAGCAGGAUGAUUGUACUUCAUCGCAGCGGCCAUCGACCACAAAAAUUCCUCCCACCGUUGGUUUACCAUGGUCGACUCGGACGAUGCCUAGCCGCUCUGCAAACGAUUCUCGGUGUCGCUGUGACGUCGCUGUCGUUAUGGCUGCUGCUUUGGGCACCUCACUUGCCUGUCGCAGAUAAUCCCUACUGGAGCGGUAUGCCGUUGUUGCUGUCGGGAUGCUUCGGGAUUUGCUUGCUGUGCUGCUUCAAGAAGGAGUACCCUGGGAUGAGUCCUGGGUUCUGUCUCUCGUCGACGAAGUUGCUCAGCUUGUUCCUGGCGACCCUGGCGACGGUGACCUGCUCCAUCGCCUGUGUGUUCUCAGCGAUGCACCUGUUGCGUCUAAUGCAACUGGAAUGCAACGCUGCCCGCUUAGAGAGCGAGACCUGCGUGUGCAGACCGCCUACGGUCCCGUCGAAUUCCACCGAAUCGGCGGUGAGGUACGUAGACCUGAACUGUCCCGAGGUCGAGAGCAUCUUGACCAUGCUUCUCAUCUUCUCCUGCACCUGCAACGCCGUGGGAGCUUUCCUAGCCGGCUGGUACACGUACCUCCACUGGAGCACCAGGAACAAGAGGCCCAAGUACAUGCAAGUCAGAACCGGCCCCAACGCAGGGAACAACUUCCUCGGCGGCCGACCUAUAUACAAUCCAAAUCUGAACGAACGAUGACAAUUUUCCCAAGAAACGAACGAGGACACCUCGUAUCUUAGGUACUCUUCCCUAACGAUGGACGAUGGAGUGCUUUAACUCGAGCAACGAACGACCAUGGCAUCUCAACGACGACCGUUGCAGUGCUCCUUAGACGAUAGAUUACGAAAACGACAAUGAGGAAUUACGAAUGCGACAAGUCUCUAGUUGCGACGAUGAACGACACGAUGUAAUUUCUUGGACUGUUCAAUGGAAAUAAAGUGGCGGGGGAGCGCGUAGACAAGGCCUCCAUUUGAGCCGUAAAUCUCCAUCGAGGUUGUAACAUGCUUCAGGAUUCCCAUGGUGACCUAAAGAUUCAUCCAACUUUCCCGGACUACUUGCAGAAAAUAAACUAACGAAGCAACUAAUGAACUAGCGAACUAGUCCACGAUCUGAGAGUGAAACUACGAAUGACCCCCUUUAGCGAAAGGAUCAUUCGCGAACUUUGGAUUAGAACGAUCCAAUCCAUUAGAAAAUGUUCGAUUACGAAGAACGAUUGCGAAGUUGUGGAUCAAAGCGAGACCAAAAAACGUCUGUUAACCCCAAAUAGUGUUCGAUUAACAUAAGUACUUUAAUUUUUACUAAUGGUCUACGUUAAUCGACGCGAUGUGUUCUUAAUAUUUAUUGUAUCGUAAACGAUGUCUACCGUAUUGUUAAUUAGAACUACUCUGCAUUUAACGACACGUGAAUGCACUUUGAUUUAUGGUAGUUGCGCAAGCUCGUUGCCAACGCGGAGAAAGGAUUGGAGAAUUAAGUGCGGACGCGGUUACAUAUCACUGAAUUGUAUAGGGUAAGAAGGAGGCGUAUCUCCUCUUUUUAUCGUCGAGAAUUAUUUAUAUUAAAUAAAUUCGUAGGAAGUGUAACGUAUAGAAUUCAGGGAAAUUUGAAAUUCCGGAAAAUUCUUCGUGCGUGUAGUGUAUGUACAAGGAAACGUUCGUGGCUUCGAGUGUUGAUAAUAAUUUAACAGAUAACGGGUCAACCCACGUGUGGUCGAUUUCCACGUGGAUCGUCAGUAUUUUAGGUGUAAUUUGUAAGCGAACGUCUCGUGAAUGUGUGAUUGUACGUGCUCAUAUACAGUGAGUCACAGAAGUAUAACCGCCGUCGACCUCCCAUUGUUGGUAUCUUUCUCUUGAAGGAAUCUCGCCCAUAAAAUAUUAAUAUUAUAUAUUAAUUAAGCUAUCGAGCUUAACAAUUUCUCCAACGCCUCUGGAACUCACUGUAUCCUUGCAGAGAUGAACUUUAACGACGAGUGAAAGCUUUUUAACUUAAACACGUCUUCGAUUUUAUACCUCAUCGCGAGUACCGCGUAAGAAGCUAGCUUUUAAGAUUUUUAAAUCAAUAAAGUGUACCGUAGCGAUAUGAGAAACAUUUUACCAGAAGCGAUGUAAGGAAGGAAAUAAAAAAAAAAAAAA